AUGUUCGCCCACCAGGGCGUGACACCAGGAACUAAUUUUUGCAAGUUAAGUGGGGGUGAAAUUUUUUUGGGCAUACUGGGGAAGAUGGCAUCGAAUACUUAUAAAGCUCUUAAACAUGGCUCUUAUGAAAAUACCCUUUCCUUUGAGCCAGAUGGCUUCCCAAGUGGCGAAGAUUGUGUCCACGGCACCACCCAAAUUCUCAUUCUUCAGGCGAUCAUUCGCCAACAAAGAGUGAUAAGUCGUUCGUUAUUAGCUGAUAAAGACCGAAACAUACAUAGUAAAAGUAGUCCAAACAUUAUCACGAGAGCUUUGAGAGAAACUUUACAGAAAUAUAUCGAUUCGGAAAGAAAGGACUUCAUAAAAGCCGGGUCGCUUGAUCAAUAUUUACAACAAUUUCAAGCGUAUAACAUUGCCCUAGAUGAGACUUCUUCAAUGAUCGAAAGUAUCUCAAGCCAACCACAACAACCUACUUUAGUAAAUUCUGCAAUUUCGCAACAAUCGAAUAAUUUUUCAAAUUAUUUGAUUCCUAAUUUUUAUUCAAUACCUGAUGAUGUUGAAAUGGAAGAUUUAUUUACAAUUGAUAAAGAAAAGCGCGGAGGUAGCGGAAAUAUUAAAAGAAGUGCGCCGCAAAGAUGGUAUACGACGAUCAAAACCAAUAUUUUCCCGAGCAGUGUGAAUUAA